AUGUUUUAACAGAUCUGGUGGCUGGAUCCAGAACUGACGUAUGGCAAUGCCAAGCCAUUUGUCUUUACGCAGGGCCACUCAGUGUGUAACCGAUCUUUCUUCCCCUGCUUUGACACACCAGCAGUGAAGUGUACCUAUUCAGCUACUGUUAAGGCUCCAGCUGGCAUACAGGUGCUGAUGAGUGCCACCCAAAGUACCUACUUAGAAGAGGAAAGUGUAUAUCAAUUUUACAUGGAAUAUCCAGUUCCUGCCUACCUAGUGGCCCUGGUGGCAGGAGACCUUAUACAUGCAGAUAUAGGUCCAAGGAGCAGAGUGUGGGCAGAGCCUUGCCUCCUGCCAACAGCCAUCAGCAAGCUUUCUGGCAUGGUUGAGCGCUGGUUGACUGCCGCAGAGAGUCUGUAUGGCCCAUAUAUAUGGGGAAGAUAUGACAUUGUUUUUCUUCCUCCAUCCUUCCCUAUUGUUGCCAUGGAAAACCCAUGCCUGACCUUCAUUAUCUCUUCCAUUCUGGAGAGUGAUGAGUUUUUGAUCAUUGACGUCAUUCAUGAAGUUGCCCACAGCUGGUUUGGAAACGCAGUCACCAAUGCUACAUGGGAGGAGAUGUGGCUGAGUGAGGGGCUAGCCACAUACGCGCAGCGCCGGAUCACUACUGAGACCUAUGGAGCUGCCUUCACAUGUUUGGAGACUGCAUUCCGCCUUGAUGCUCUCCACAGACAGAUGAAGCUCCUUGGAGAAGACAACCCGGUCAGCAAGCUUCAGGUUAAACUGGAGCCAGGUGUAAAUCCUAGUAAUUUAAUGAACCUCUUCACCUAUGAGAAAGGCUACUGCUUUGUUUAUUACCUGUCCCAGCUUUGUGGUGACCCAAGACAUUUUGACUCCUUCCUAAGAGCCUACAUUGAGAAGUACAAAUUUACCAGCGUUGUGGCUCAAGAUCUUCUGGAUUCCUUCCUGAAUUUUUUUCCAGAGCUGAAAGAGCAAUGUGUUGAGAGCAAAGCAGGACUGGAGUUUGAACGUUGGCUCAAUGCUACAGGACCUCCGUUAGCUGAGCCAGACUUAUCUCAGGGAUCCAGUCUCACCAGACCAGUGGAGACGCUCUUCAAACUCUGGACCACAGAGCCUCUGGACUCUGUUGCUGCUGCCAGCAGUGUUGACCUCACUAAAUGGAGAACGUUCCAAACGGUGCUUUUCUUAGACAGAUUGCUAGAUGGGUCACCACUGCCACAUGAGGUGAUAAAAAGGCUUUCGGAAUGUUACUCCUCUCAGCUGGACUCCAUGAAUGCAGAAAUCCGUAUCCGCUGGUUGCAGAUUGUAGUCCGAAAUGACUAUUAUCCAGACCUUUACAAAGUCCGUCGCUUCUUGGAAAACCAGAUGUCUCGGAUGUACACAAUUCCACUUUAUGAGGACCUUUGCACUGGCACCCUCAAGUCUUUUGCCUUAGAAAUUUUUUACCAGACCCAAAACCAGCUGCACCCCAAUUUGCGGAAAACCAUCCAACAGAUCUUAUCACAGGGCUUGAAUCCACUUCCUGCCAUAGACACUACAGCAGUCACUACAGACACACCAGCAAUGGUGCUUGAGGACAAAGUCUCAGAGGCCACAAAUGGUGCCAUUUCACUCAGGGAUGUUAAUGUGUCUGCUUAGAUCACCAGCUCAUGCCAGCCAUGAAGCUUGAAAAUGGGGACAGGAACAGAGGAAAGAUACCAAGUGUCGCCUCCUUUCCCUCAGCCCUGCAGCUGCAGUGUGCUGUUGUAACUGGAUUUCUCUCCCAAAACACAAAGCAAAUGUGCCUUCAAGUAUCCAGCAUGUGACACUGCCAGGUUCCAGAGAUCUCCUUCAGCUGUGGGAUGGAUAUUUUGAUUCAGUUUAUACUGGGCAGGGACUCCUGGGCAGUUGCUUCUCCAUGGAAAGUAGAUAGUUCACUUUCCUGAGGCUCUUCUGGAUGGUUUAUCCAAGUUUGUUU